CAUAAAAUGCAUCAUGUUUAUGCAUAACAUGCAUCAUGCCUGUGCCAUAUGUAUGCAUAUUCAAAACAUUUUCAAUAUAUGCAAGUUGAGAUGUAGCAGUUGGAGUUGCAAAUGGCUUGGUGUCAGUAGUUCAAGGAAUUCGUGAUAAGAAUUUUUUAAGUAUUGUAACUGGUAGCUUAGACAUAGUUUCUACAAUAUUAUCAAUAACUGGUCCAGCAGGUGCAAUUGCAGGAUCAGUUAUUUCUCUUAUAUCUUUUGGUUUAUCUGCAUUUUUUGCAAAAGAACAAAAAUCACAGUCUCAAAUUAUAUUGGAUGGUGUUAAAAACAUUAUUAAAGAAAAUGAAUAACAAAAAUUAAAGGACAAAAUCGAAAAUUACUUCAAUGAGUUGAGCUAUUUGGAGCAAGAUAUUGUUGGUUUGAUGGAGUUUGUUCAACCAAAUAAAAAAAAUGAAAAUUCCGAUUUAGAAAAAAUUGCAAAUUUUUUGACCAGAAAUCAAGAUAAAAUUGAUAAAUAUGACAGAGAAGUUUUGAAUCAAUUAAAAAUUGAGGUUCAAAGAGAUUGUAGUUCAAAGAACUGCAAUGAAUGUCUUUCUAAAAUGCAAUACUAUUUUGUUGCAUCUAACCGAUAUGAAAUACUUGCGCUUCACCUAGUUGGACUUUAUGAACUGAUUUUACAAAGUAUAACAUUUGUCACAUCUAAAAAUGACUAUAAUUCAUUAAAAAGAAGAAUAGAAACAAAGAGUAGUGAUCGCAAAAUGUUUUUAGAUUACUUGCUCAAUCAAAAACGCAGCAGCUCUUAUAAUGUCCAGGAGUGGAAAUGUGUUGCAGAAUACUAUAAAUAUCCUGGUAAAUUUGAGUUCAUUGAUUUUUUCGUUAAAUAUUCUGCAGAAAACACAGAAUCAGGUGCAAGUCUAAUUGUUUAUGUUGGAAAAGAUGAAAAUUUUGAUGAAUACAAUUCAUAUAUAGCAGAGGAAAAGAAGGAGGUUAACCUAAAAAUUUCAGCUAAUUACAAAGACACACCAUGGUUAAGUGAACUCAGAUGGAUUUUUGUUCCACCAAAAUGUCAAGUGACAUUGUAUCCUGAUAACAAAGAAGCAAAAAAAGUUGAUAUGACAUCAAAUAGCAUAGAAAUAAAAGGUCCGACACUUGUUCAAGUUCCUAAAAUAACAUAUAAAGUAUUGUAUAUUCAAAGGAGUGAACAACUUUCUGGAGAAUACAUUCGUAUUUGUAAAAAGCCUAAAAUGGAAGGAGCUUGCUUUCAAUUGGAACCAAAAAAUUUAAAUUCGCAACAAUCUAUAACUAUGUUGUUUCCAGCUGAAUCUCUAUACAUUCCUAGUGGUUGGAAAGUGAAUAUGCGUACAUCAGGUUUUUUCAACACAGAAAAAAAUUUCAUAAACAUCAAAGGACCUCUUACAUUAGAGUACAUUUGUCGUGAAGGUUUAACACUCGUUGAACUUAGUGGAUUCUCCAAUGCAAAUCCUCCCAAAAAUGAAGUCAAAAUAUGCUCAGAAAUAAAUUUUGGUGGAUGGUGUGACUAUAUUGAUACAAAAUUCGAUAAAAAUGUUCUACAUUCUUGUGAUUGGAAAAAUAUAAGAAGUUUUGAAAUUCCGAAAUCGAAAGAAAUGAAAGUAAAAACGGAUUGUCUUUUAUCAUGUUUUCGUGGCCCGGAUAUUGCUGGCUAUACUAAAAGUUCGAGUGAUACUGAAAUAACAAAAAUUUUAUCCGUUAGUGUUGUUUCUUUUAAUGUUAAAAAAUCGCAAUUUUAAAACGGUUAAAGAAUAUAACUUUGAAGUUUUAAAAGUUUUGAAAGUUAAAAUAUUUUUAUUUUAUUUUAUAAAUUAUUUUAAAUUAUAAAUUUUUUGUAAUAUUUACUCGCAAUAUUUAUUGUAAUAUUUAAAAUGGUUUUUUAAAAUUUGAAAUGUAUAAAUUUAUUUUUUGGAACGUAAGUAUAUGCAGUAUGAGACAAAUUUCU